AUGUCGUCACUGCCUAUAGAUAAUUUCUCGGAGUAUGAAAAAGUUUCUCUUGAUGAGACUUAUACUGCAGAAUUACCCCAACCAGUUACGAUUUCUAAUACCCCACCAAAAAAUGUUCCAGCUGGCCCAUCCCAAAUAACUCAAGCUAAAGCCAAUAUGGCUAAGUAUUACCUGGAAAGAGAGUUUAAAAAUUUCUUUUCAAGGGAUAAACAAAUCCGCCUCAGAACCCAAAGAAUUAGAUCCUUAAGUUCCUGCCAACUUGCGGAAUACAAGUUACGAGAACAGCAGAAAUCCGUUAAAAGAUUAACCAGAAGGACUUUUAAAGUAGAUCAAUUUGAGAAGAUCCAAAUCAUCGGAAGAGGUGCUUUCGGUGAAGUUUGGCUUGUGAGAGAUAAAGUUGAUCAACAUAUUUAUGCCAUGAAAGUCCUCAAGAAGAAGGAAUUGAUCAAAAAAAAUCAGAUUUUAAAUACAAUUGUAGAAAAGGACUUUUUAGUUCAAAACGAUAAUCCGUGGUCUGUACAAUUAUAUUUCUCAUUCCAAGACCCUAAGAACUUAUAUUUAGUCAUGGAAUUUCUUCCAGGCGGAGAUUUAAUGAAUUUAUUAGUUCGCAGAAGCGUAUUAACAGAGACAGAAACGCGCUUUUUAAUUGCUGAAGCAGUCCUUGCAAUCCACUGCGUUCACAUGCAAGGAUUUAUUCAUCGUGAUAUCAAACCUGACAAUUUAUUGUUGACCAAAGAAGGUCAUGUCAGGCUUACUGAUUUCGGUCUUAGUACGAAGAUAAACCGAUAUAGUGACCCCAUUGUUAGUCUUAUUGACAAAAUUACAGAUGCAUUUAACGACUUCUCAGGAAAUACCGUCGAUAUGCCUUACCACCAGAAGUACAACAAGCUUGUUUGCUCAGCUGUUGGUACUACUGACUACAUCGCUCCAGAGGUUUUGAUGAAAAAAUCUUAUGGACCGAGCGUUGACUAUUGGUCAGUUGGUGCGAUCAUGUUUGAAAUGUUAUUUGGUUAUGCCCCAUUUUUGUCGCAGAAUCCGCAACUUACAGCUUCAAAAAUCAUUCAUUUUGAACAAUCUCUUAUUUUCCCACCAACUCCUUACGUUUCGACAGAAGCAAUCUCUCUUAUGCGUGGUUUACUUACAGAUGCCGAUCAUCGCUUGACAUUCGAAGAAAUCAAGCAGCAUCCUUUCUUUUUAGGUCUUGACUGGGAUAACUUAAACAAGUCCGAAUCCCCUUGUAUCCCUGAGAUAUCAGGAGAUUUGGAUACUUCUCAUUUUGACAAUUUUGAACCACUCCCUGAAGAACAAGACUCAAAUACCUCUUCGGAGAGCGAAAAGGAGUUCGAAGAUCUUGCAAAUAUUGCAUUUAUGGGCUUUCAAUACAAUAAAAAGGCAAACGAUCUUCUAAAACCAAAUCCUAAUAUCCAUGAAGAUAAUGUUGUUGAGUAA